GGGGAGGGAGCAGGGGAGAGAGAGUAUGGACUGAGUUAAAGGAAAGACAGAAGCAGGAAACAGGCUCAAUGUGCAGCUUCUUCCCUCAACAAGAAUGUACGACGUGAAGACACUUCAGCAGGGUUCAUAGAUGGCGUCACCUGAAGAGGCUCUGUUGGGAGCUUUGCAGCAGUUAGGAGAAGAGGAGUUUAAAACAUUCCGGUGGUACCUGCAACAGAAGGGAAUCCUGAAAAACUUCCCAACAAUCCCAAAAUAUAAACUAGAAAAGGCAGAGAGGACAGACACAGUGGAUGUGAUCAUGCAGACCUAUGGUACAGAUGCAGUUCAAGUCACCAAGAUGGUUUUAACGAAGAUGAAGAGGUAUGAUCUUGAGAAGAAAUUAACACAAGUCACCUCAAGAUCCACAGAGAAUUUAGGCGCAUGUCAACAGAAGCUGAAGUCUAAACUGAAGCAGAGGUUUCGCUGUGUGUCUGAAGGAGUGGCCGAUGAAGAAGAAAAACCAAAGAUCCUUCUGGAUCAGAUCUUCACAGAGCUCUACAUCACAGAGGGAGGAGCUACUGAGGUCAACGAUGAACAUGAGGUCAGACAGAUUGAAGCAGCGUCCAGGAAACCAGACAGACCCCAAACAGCCAUCACAUGUAAUGACAUCUUUAAAACACCACCUGACAGAGACGAACCAAUCAGAAGAGUGCUGACAAAGGGUGUGGCCGGCAUCGGGAAGACAGUCUUAACACAGAAGUUCAGUCUGGACUGGGCUGAAGACAAAGCCAACCAGGACAUCCAUUUCAUAUUUCCAUUCACCUUCAGAGAGCUCAAUGAGCUGAAACAGGAGUUCAGCUUGGUGGAACUGGUUCAUUAUUUUUUUAAUGAAACAGAAGAAGCAGGAAUCUGCAGCUUCAAAGACCACCAGGUGGUGUUCAUCUUAGACGGUCUGGAUGAGUGUCGACCUCCUCUAGACUUCAACAACACUCAGAUCCUGACUGAUGUGACAGAGUCCAGCUCAGUGGAUGUGCUGCUGAUGAACCUCAUGAGGGGGAACCUGCUUCCCUCUGCUCACCUCUGGAUAACCACACGACCUGCAGCAGCCAAUCAGAUCCCUGCUCAGUGGGUGGACAUGGUGACAGAGAUCAGAGGGUUCACUGACCCACAGAAGGAGGAGUACUUCAGGAAGAGGUUCACAGAUGAAGAACAAGCCAACACAAUCAUCUUCCACAUCAAGACAUCACGAAGCGUCCACAACAUGUGUCACAUCCCAGUCUUCUGCUGGAUCACAGCCAAUGUUCUGGAGAAUGUGUUGAAGACCAUGGAUGAAGGAGAAGAACUGCCCAAGACCCUGACUGAGAUGUACAUCCACUUCCUGGUGGUUCAGGCCAAACUGAAGAAUGUCAAGUACGAUGGAAGAUCUGACACAGAUCCACACUGGACUCCAGAGACCAGGAAGAUGAUUGAGUCUCUGGGAAAACUGGCCUUUGAGCAGCUGAAGAAAGGAAACCUGAUCUUCUAUGAAAAAGACCUGACAGAGUGUGGCAUCGAUAUCAGCUCAGCCUUAGUGCACUCAGGAGUGUUCAAACAGGUCUUCAAAAAAGAGAGAGGGGGGUACCGCAACAAGGUGUUCUGCUUCGUCCAUCUGAGUUUUCAUGAGUUUCUGGCUGCUCUUCAUGUUCAUCAGACCUUUGUCAACUCUGGAGUCAAUCUGCUGUCAGAAGAAACAUGGAGGUCUAAACUGUUCAGAAGAAAACCUAAACUAAGACACCUCCACCAGACCGCUGUGGACCAGGCCUUACAGAGUCCAAAUGGACACCUGGACCUGUUCCUCCGCUUCCUCCUGGGUCUGUCACUAGAGACCAAUCAGAGUCUCAUACAAGAUCUGCUGACACAGACAGGAAGUGGCUCAGAAACCAAAAAGAAAACAGUUGAGUACAUCAAGAAGAAGAUCAGUGAGAAUCUGUCUGUAGAGAGAAGCAUCAACCUGUUCCACUGUCUGAAUGAACUGGAGGAUCGAUCUCUGGUGGAUCAGAUCCCACAGUACCUGAGAUCAGGACGUCUGUCCACAGAUCGACUGUCUCCUGCUCAGUGGUCAGCUCUGGUCUUCAUCUUAUUGUCAUCAGAGAAAGACCUGGAUGUGUUUGACCUGAAGAAAUACUCUGCUUCAGAGGAGGUUCUUCUGAGGCUGCUGCCCGUGGUCAAAGCCUCCAACAGAGCUGUGUUGACAGACUGUGGUCUCUCACAGAGAAGUUGUGAACCUUUGUCCUCAGUCCUCAGCUCCCAGUCUUCUAGUCUGAGACAUUUGGACAUGAGUAACAAUAACCUGGGGGAUUCAGGAGUGAAGGUGUUGUCUGCUGGACUGGAGAGUCCCAACUGUCACCUGGAGAUUCUCGGGCUGUCAGGUUGUCAGAUCACAGAGGAAGGCUGUUCUUCUCUGGUCUCAGCGCUGAGGUCCAAUCCAUCCCAUCUAAGAGAGUUAGACCUGAGCCACAACUAUCCAGGAGACUCAGCAGUGAAGCUACUAGAGGAUCCAUGUUUGAAACUGGACACUCUCAGGUUGGUACGCUGUGGUCUCUCAGAGAGAAGUUGUGAACCUUUGUUCUCAGUCCUCAGCUCCCAGUCUUCUAGUCUGAGACAUCUAGACCUGAGUCACAAUGACCUGGGGGAUUCAGGAGAGAAGGUGUUGUCUGCUGGACUGGAGAGUCCAAACUGUCACCUGGAGACUCUCAGGUUGACAGACUGUGGUCUCUCACAGAGAAGUUGUGAACCUUUGUCCUCAGUCCUCAGCUCCCAGUCUUCUAGUCUGAGACAUUUGGACAUGAGUCACAAUAACCUGGGGGAUUCAGGAGUGAAGGUGUUGUCUGCUGGACUGGAGAGUCCCAACUGUCACCUGGAGACUCUCAGGCUGUCAGGUUGUCAGAUCACAGAGGAAGGCUGUUCUUCUCUGGUCUCAGCGCUGAGGUCCAAUCCAUCCCAUCUAAGAGAGUUAGACCUGAGCCACAACUAUCCAGGAGACUCAGCAGUGAAGCUACUAGAGGAUCCAUGUUUGAAACUGGACACUCUCAGGUUGGUACGCUGUGGUCUCUCAGAGAGAAGUUGUGAACCUUUGUCCUCAGUCCUCAGCUCCCAGUCUUCUAGUCUGAGACAUUUGGACAUGAGUCACAAUGACCUGAAGGAUUCAGGAGUGAAGGUGUUGUCUACUGGACUGGAGAGUCCAAACUGUCACCUGGAGACUCUCAGGUUGACAGACUGUGGUCUCUCACAGAGAAGUUGUGAACCUUUGUCCUCAGUCCUCAGCUCCCAGUCUUCUAGUCUGAGACAUUUGGACAUGAGUCACAAUAACCUGGGGGAUUCAGGAGUGAAGGUGUUGUCUGCUGGACUGGAGAGUCCCAACUGUCACCUGGAGACUCUCAGGCUGUCAGGUUGUCAGAUCACAGAGGAAGGCUGUUCUUCUCUGGUCUCAGCGCUGAGGUCCAAUCCAUCCCAUCUAAGAGAGUUAGACCUGAGCCACAACUAUCCAGGAGACUCAGCAGUGAAGCUACUAGAGGAUCCAUGUUUGAAACUGGACACUCUCAGGUUGGUACGCUGUGGUCUCUCAGAGAGAAGUUGUGAACCUUUGUCCUCAGUCCUCAGCUCCCAGUCUUCUAGUCUGAGACAUUUGGACAUGAGUCACAAUGACCUGAAGGAUUCAGGAGUGAAGGUGUUGUCUACUGGACUGGAGAGUCCAAACUGUCACCUGGAGACUCUCAGGCUGUCAGGUUGUCAGAUCACAGAGGAAGGCUGUUCUUCUCUGGCGUCGGCUCUGAGGUCCAAUCCAUCCCAUCUAAGAGCGUUAGACCUGAGCCAGAACCAUCCAGGAGACUCAGCAGUGAAGCUACUAGAGGAUCCAUGUUUGAAACUGGACACUCUCAGGUUGGACCAUGUUGGACCGCACACGUUCGACCUUGGUCUGAAGAACUAUUUCUGUGAACUCACGUUGGAUGUGAACAGUGGCGUACACAGAGACGUCCGACUGUCCGCUGACAACAGGACGGUGACCCGUAGAACACAGGUUCCAUCAAACCCAGCUCAUUCAGGUGUUGUCUCCUAUGAAGAGGUGACGUGUUCACCUGGGCUAACCGGUCGCUGCUACUGGGAGGUGGACUGGAGUGGAAAGGUUUUUAUAGCAGUGACUCAGACACAAAGGAGAAAUGAAGAAUUCAGCCAACACUUUGGGUUUAUGACAGACUGGUCUCUGAGACUGUACUGCAAUUCUAAAGGUUACUUUGUCCGUAAGACUAGAGAUUAUGUCAAACUGAAUGUGUCGGCCUCCACCUGUGGACGGGUGAUGGUGUUUGUGGACUGUUCUGCAGGACGUCUGACCUUCUCCACAGCGUCCUCAGGCAAACCCAUCCACCUUUACGAAUUCAAGGACACGUUCACUCCACCCUUGUGUGUUAGCUUUGGUGUGUGGCCUGGUUCCUCAGUGUCUCUGUGUGAUGUGUUUAAAUGAACAACAUGAGAAAAAAGAGCAAAAUAAUCCACAAAACAGAAAAUAACCAACAAACUGAACAAAAACUGAAGAAACAGUGAACAAAACUGAACAAAAUAAUCCACAAAAUGAAGAAA